ACUCGAGCCUUCUCUCAACUAUCCAACAAUCCUCUAGUAUCGAAUUUUAACAUCCUAAAAAACUCCCAAACACAUGAAAUUCCUAUAAAUAGACAAACAAAUGUUUAUUUAAUUAACUAAUCAUACAACAUAACAAUAUUAGAGUAGGACACCGAUUUCCCAUGUAUUUUUUUUGAUAAAAAAGUAAUGAGAAUCAAUGUAUCAUAAUUUUACCAACACAUGUAAAAAUCUUAGCUAAGAACAAGGACGUUUAGUAACAAAAUUCAAGAAAUUUAACAAAAAAUAAAAAAGGGAAAGAAAAAAAGAGUAUCCCAAAGCAAGAAAGCUAAAGAAUAGUUCAGCUUGGGGCACAAGGACUAAAAAUAAUAAAAAUAAAAAUAAAAAUAAAAAUAAUAAGAAUAAAAUGAAUAAUUAACUAACCCUUGGGAAGCUGAGACUGUUGUUGUUUUUGUUGUUGUAUUUCUCUAUUUUCAUGUUUUCUCUCUCCUCUGUUGCUGACUGAAAAGAGCCGUACAUACACUUCAAUGGCGGAGUCUGGGAACCACAGAAAGAGACGGCGAUUACUUUGCACAGAAAAGUUUCUUUUGGAUGAUUUGGUUGAGGUUAGAAGUGUUGAAGAUGGAUUCCAAGGGUCAUGGCAUGCUGGAUCUAUCAUUGGUGUUGAUGGUAGAUAUAGAGAAAUAAAAUAUACAAAUCUUCUUCAUGAUGCUGAUGAUGAUUAUGACUUUUUAACUGAUACUGUGGAAGUUCCUAGUUCAAUUGACGGAACCUCCACCUCCACCUCCACCUCAUCAAAAACAUGUAACCGAGGCAGGAUUAGACCAAACCCUACAUUUGGGGAUAUGGCAAUAGAGAAUCUCCCUUAUGGCCUCUGUGUUGAUUGUUGGGUCAACGAAGCAUGGUGGGAAGGUGUGGUUUUUGACAAUGAUUGUGAUGCCAGUAAAAGGAAGAUUUUCUUUCCCGAUUUAGGCGAUGAAGUGAUAGUUGAUCUUAAAAGCUUGCGAUUAACUCACGACUGGGAUGAGGUUACAGGAGAGUGGAAUUGUAGAGGAAAUUGGAUGUUUCUGGAGAUCAUCGAUAAGCUUGGGUUGGAUACUUAUAUUCCUGUUUCCCUAAAGCAAAUAUGGUAUGAUGUGAGAGGGAAAAAAGAUUUUGUUAAUACUGGGGAGUGGCCUUUCCCUGUCAAGGAUAAGUUGGAAAACCUGGUGGCGCAGGUCAUCCAGGAGAAUUUACGGAUUACUUUAGAUUCAUUUCUGAAAGGAUGUUUCUCUUCCGAAACCAUGUCAGAAAAUCAUGAAGUCGUAUCCGGUAAUGAUGUUCCUCCUAAAGAUAUUGACUUUCAAGAUGUUGAUUUAAUGAGAGAGAAUGAUGCUGCCGUUACAACCAUUGGCGACUUGUGCGGAACUGCUGAACUGGCAACAGAGUUGCAGGAUUCUGCUCUCACCAACAAUCAAGUGGUUCCUGUACAACCCAUGGCCCUGUCAAUUAUAUGUUCAGGUCAGACAGGGUUUGGUGUUAACACGAGACCUUCUGCUGCAGAGUCCCAGUUUUGUAACAAUUCUAAACCUGAUGAGAAAAAACAGCUUAGAAAAAGUAAGCGGAAGUUGCAGUUUGAUGAUCAUAAUGAAUUGAGCAUUGAAUCUGAGUACUGCCCGCAGUCCAUGUAUGAUUAUGCUCAACAAGACAGGCCUGCAAAUAGUUUGACUAGAAAAGUCAGGCGUCAUCUCCGUUAUUUGGGUUAUCAAAUAGAACAAUGUGAUAAUCUGAAAACGGUACGUUAUACCUCUCCUGAAGGAAGAACCUACUAUAAUCUUCGCCUUUGUGUAAACUAUGAGAAGAAAGAGGCAGAGAAAUCCUCCUUAGCAGCAGAAGAUGUUCGGAGUGGAGACCUUUCAUUUCCUUCUAAGUUGAAGCGUACUCUAAAGCUUAAGGUAUCAAAUAGGGGGAAAGUGCUGAACCUAAAUAUUGAACCUAAAUAUUGCCCAGAAGCUGUAUCCAAAUAUGUGAGAGCAUCGGAGACAAAGUGCACCUUGAAGGCUCGUAAUGAGAUGCAGGAUGAAGCUAGGGGACACUUGUCAGCUAUGGGGUGGAAAUUCUGGCCUCAAGCGAAGAAAGACAAGAAGGACGAGUGGCGCUAUGAUUCCCCUACUUCUAACAAGACAUAUAAUUCACUAUUGUCCGCUUGUAGGGCGAUUGUAAAAGGUGCGGAGAUGCAUAGUUCUGGCCCAAUUGUAGAUGCAAAAAGUCAAAACCCCGAAGGGCUCUCAGGUGAACAUUCAUUAUCUGAUAAUGAGGAUCGUCGACAUUGCUUAACUCAAAAAUACCCUCGGGCUCUCAUGAAGUGUAAGACAGGGAAAGUUCAGAGGAGGAAGCGGAAUGGUUUUGUACCCUCGAUGCCUUCUCUACUUGAAAGCAGAAGAGCAGAACAUGAAGUUGAAGAUAAUGGGCUUGCAAAGCGUCGCUCUUUCAAGAAAUUGAGCACUAGUUUCUUACCCAAGAAAAGGAAAGCCUUGGGUAAAGUAAAGACCAGUUCGGACAGCAGUAACUUGUCUCGAGUUCUGCGGUCAAGCAAAAGAGUUCGGCAGGUUGGGACUUCUAGUUCAUCACAGGCACCUCGGACAGUACUUUCGUGGCUGAUGGACAAUGGUGUGGUGUUAGGAAGGGAAAAAAUUUAUUACUACAGACAAGGAGAUAAUAAGCCUUCAGCUGAAGGGCGGAUUACUCUAAAUGGGAUAAGCUGCAGUUGUUGCACAGAGGUUUUUAGUGUUAGUAGCUUUGAAGCACAUGCUGAAAGAAACUCCAACCGACCAACUGGAAAUAUAAUUUUUCACAGUGAUAAGAAAUCUUUGGUGGAACGUCAAGUGUUAUUUAUGAAUACAAAGUUGGAGAGCUUCUCUAAAGUACCACUGGAAAGGCCUAGAGGGAAACGGCAUAAAAGCUGGAAUGACCACAUAUGUUCAGUUUGUCAUUAUGGAGGUGAAUUAAUUUUAUGUGAUCGGUGUCCAUCAUCAUUCCAUGCACAAUGCCUUAAUUUGCAGGACAUUCCUAAAGGUGAUUGGUUCUGUCCAUCAUGCUGUUGUGGUAUUUGUGGUGAAAUAUACUUUGAUACGAAUACAGAAUGCUCUACUGACAAAAGCAUGCUAUCUUGUCACCAAUGCGAGCGGCAAUAUCAUGCUUGCUGUAUAAGAGAAAGAGAUAUGGUUAAAGUCGAUGUUCAUCUUACAGAAAAUUGGUUUUGCUGUAAAAUAUGUGAAAAGGUGUACUGGGGUCUCCAGCAGCUUCUCGACAAUCCCAUUCGUGUUGGUCAUAAUGAUUUAACUUGGACAUUGAUCAAACCCAUGGACUACCUGGCUAAUGACUCUGCUGAUUACGAUGCCGUUGCCACGGCACAGAAUUACAGCAAGCUUAGUGUGGCUCUUGAAGUGAUGCAUGAGUGCUUUGAGCCUGUGAAAGAACCUAGAACCAAACGAGAUCUUGUUGAAGAUGUUAUUUUCUGCAGAGGGUCUCAACUGAAUAGACUUAACUUCAGAGGAUUCUACACAGUGCUUCUGGAAAGAAAUGAUGAGCUGAUUACUGUGGCCAUUUUGAGGGUGUAUGGUGACAAAGUGGCAGAAAUUCCACUCAUUGGUACCCGCUUUAAGCAUCGCCGGCUUGGAAUGUGUCGAAUUGUUAUGCAAGAGAUUGAGAAGAACUUGAUCAAACUAGGAGUAACAAGGCUGGUUCUUCCUGCCGCAGCAAGUGUAUUAAACACUUGGACUAGUGCGUUUGGUUUUACUCCAGUUUCCAAUACCGAAAGACUUGAGUUUCUGAGUUACAGCUUCUUGGAUUUUCAAGAUACUGUUAUGUGCCAAAAACGUUUGGGAAAGCUUCCUUUCCCUCUACCACACUUGUCAAGGGAUACAUCUGGUGUCCAUCUUCAAGUUUAUCGCAACAUAGAAGGAAACAGUAUCAGUGACGACCCUGAAGGGAACAGUCCCAUAUCUGAAGUUUCUCAAGAAGAUCAAAUUGAAAGAGAAUUAGUGGAUGGCUCGUGUGAAAAAUCAAAUGGUGGUAUCAAUGAUCAAGACACCACCAUUGCUAUUAUGGUGACUGAUCCAACCAAUCAAGAAUAUGAAGCAUGCAACUCAUUGUCGUUAAAGGAGCAGAAGAUAGAACGCGAUAAAUGUGAUGAAAAUUUAAAGUUUUACACGAGAAAGAAGGCUGUGGAGUUGAGACCUCCUGUUCCUCAAGCGAACAUUCCUAAAGUAGAAGUAAGUUGUAGAUAGUUAUAGUUAUGGCUUCUGGAAGAGUAGAGACUGUUAUUCCUCGUAUGCUUGUGUCUUAUACAGGAUUCGAUAAAAUUUUAUCAAGCGUAAUCUGUUAAGAGUCGGUAUUGUAACGCCAGGAUUUCUGUGCAGAAAUCCAAUUUUGUAACUUCCCUAUGCAUUAGGAUAGUUUUAAGGUGAAGCUGAAACAGAAUUUUAGGUUUCUGUUACUGGUGCACCCCUUUUUUUUUAGUUUCUGUAUAGUUUCUGACAUAAACCCAUGAGAGCUUAUUUUGGGUUAAUCUUCUGUCUGUAAAUGCUCUCAAGUGGAAAUGAAUGUUAUCUAUAAUAUUUACUGGUAAUUUUUCACCA